CCACACAGGAGAUGGGGAAGGAGCUGAAUGACGACAACCUCUACUCUACCACCUUGAAGGACAAGAAGGUGCCCCGCACUGCCAACAGAGUCCAGCACUGGCUCAGGGGGGAAAAUGGCUCUCCAUUGAAGAGGAGUGAGACCCACGUGCUAUCGACCAAUGGAACCAACCUGCUAAAGAAGCAAAUACAUCUGGAGCCUGCCCUCCUAGGAGGAAACCUCAGCUAUGUCAACAUAUUUGUGGGCUCAUACCGAGCCUUUGCCACCACCCAAGAGGUGCUGGACCUCCUGUUUGCAAGGUCAGCACCCUGCGCCUAACUGCCCAGUGGGAUUUGGCCACAGCCUCAUUGUGAGAUUUGAGAAUGUCCUAAAACAUCCCUAGCCUCGGUUUUCUCCUCUGACUGAGGCAGAGUUAUUUUAGGGACUCAGUAGAGUCUUGAAAUGAAAGUGCACCUGGGUGCCUGGGUCUGUGCAAAGGUCUGUUAACAGGCCUGUCAUUGUACUCAUUUAU